CUUAAAGAAUCAAUUAUCAUUCGCUGUAUUUAGCAAGUCAAGAGGAGCUCAAUUCGAAUCUUUCUAUUAGGACACACGGAAGGAGCAGCGAAAUCUUAUAGGACUCUCCCCGCCUGAGCUUCCCGGGACACGAUUCGUCAGCCGCCGCCGGAAUUUCAAUCAGAUUCUUCUUCUUCUCAAGAUCAACUGGCUUGAGAGCCACUGUUAUUUGAUUUGUGCAGUUUGCAUUGGAAAGGCGGUUUCUGUAGUGAAUGAGUUUUUAGUUCAAUUUAUGGAACAAUGAUGAAUGCACGUAUUCAACGAUCAAGUGAAGCACAGCACAGUAAUGUGGGUGUCUCCGGAGCUAUGUCUACACCUCUACCAAUUCUACCUUCAAUAGAAGAUAAAUUUCCAAAGCUGCCAGGCCCGCUUCAAGUUAACCAUGACCAUGAGAGAACGGUUCACCCGCUUUCUUCUAGGAUGAUGAAUACAUCAGCUUCAAGUGGCGGGACAUUAGGCCACCCUACUUCAUCUUCUUCUGGAUCGCAAAAAGACCUUCACAUUUCUCCCCAAGAAAACAAAUCUAGUAAUUAUCCAUUCAUUUCAAAUUCGUCUAUAGAUGGGCCAUCUUUGGCCUCUUUGCAUUCAGGUAUACAGUCUAGCGCACUGGACAGUUAUCCCGUGGGCAACGGUAUUGAUUCCUGGAGUAAAGAUGAAUGCCGUGAUUUUCUUGAUUAUACAACGAGCAUUCCAGCUCAAAAUGGUCAAGUAGAAACAGUUGCGGGGGUCAUGUCAUCUGAUGACCAUGCUAAAAGAACUGAUUGGCAAGAAUGGGCUGAUCAGCUAAUUAACGAUGAUGACACUCUGGCGGGUACCAGUUGGAGCGAUAUUCUUAUUGAUGUUGAUGUCCCCGAUCCGGAACCCAAGCUGUUGUUACCAUCGCCUGAUGUUCCUGUUCCCCAGCCUCAAACGCUUCAGCAAACUCCCGCGCUUUCCGAACAAAAUUUUGCUGUUGCCAGUCCUUCAUCCGCUGCUGCUCUGACCAAACCACGCAUGCGUUGGACACCCGAACUUCAUGAAGUUUUCGUCGAAGCUGUCAAUAAACUUGGCGGUAGUGAAAAGGCAACACCGAAGGGAGUACUGAAGCUCAUGAAGGUUGAAGGGCUGACCAUAUAUCACGUGAAAAGCCAUUUGCAGAAAUAUAGGACAGCCAGAUACAAAUUGGAGCCUUCAGAAGGCUGUGCACGACUUGCAGGAACCUUAGAAACGAAGCCAGCUAGUGUUCCCGAGGAGGCUGCAUCUCUAGACAUGAAAACGACUAUGGGCAUUACGGAAGCACUACGGCUGCAGAUGGAAGUUCAGAAGCAGCUUCACGAGCAACUCGAGAUACAAAGAAAAUUGCAAUUGCGGAUUGAAGAACAAGGGAAGUACCUUCAAAUGAUGUUUGAAAAAACGAGGAACAUGGGGAAAGAACUAAAGGCAUCUGAUGAACAACCCCCUCUCUCCCCUCCCAACGACAAUCAACAACUCUCAGACCAGGAUAACGCCAAUUCUGAACUGGGUUCAAGUAACAAGACACCUGAACCGAGCUCACAAGAAAGAAAUAACGCGUGUGAGCCUUGUGACUCAGCAGCCGGGAAAGACUUGGACUCCCCACCACAAAAGCGUGCAAAAGUUGAUGAAACAACAGCACCUCAGUGAUAUGUUUCAGUACUUUGACUACGCGUCACAGGUUUGUGGUUGACAGAUGAAGAGGGUUUACCUAUGGUGGCUGAUAACAGUGAGAGAGGGAGAGAGAAGUUGGUAGAAGAAACUUCCUUUUGAUUUUAUUCAAUUCCAACUUGCUAAGACAAUCUAAUAUUCUCCUUAUAUAUAGGAGUUAAAAGCUUUAAGAUAUAAGGAAACAAUAUUCUAAAAUAUACUUACCUAAAGUAAAAUAGGCAACUACUAAUAAACUAGGAAAUAAGAUAACUAAGUAUAUUGGUAGUAGAAUCUGUAUUGCAUCAUUACACCCUUCCCGGAGAUCAAGCUUGUCCUUAAGCUUGAAGCAGGUGACAACGUUCAGGUUGAAUUCAGGUGAUUCCAUCUCGGGCGUUCAUCUCCGUGGAUGCAAGCCAAGCAGGCGGUUCUUCACCAUCCUCUAAUGUCCACAACAUAAAAAGGCGGCGGCAUUUAUGACCGGGAAAAAAUCGCUCAUCGCAAUUAUAACACAGUUUUUUGGCAUCCCUCUCAGCUUUUUCUGAUGGUGAUAAGAAUUUAUACGGAGGUCCAGGUGAUUUGGUGUGGUUGGUUGGUUGUUGUGGGGGUAGUGAGACACAGGCAGAGGGAAGGUGUGCGGUAGGGUGUGGAUCCUUGGUUGUCGUUUUGGCAGGCAGAAGGCCUAAUACGUGACAUUUUCGGUAGAAGUCACGGGCUGUAUUAAUGGCUUCGUUUAGAGAACUAGGCUUGGUCCUUUCUACAUCAAUCCGAAGUACCUUGUCCAGACCACCGGUAAAAAGAUCAACACGUUGGGCUGGGAGUACUGUGCUUGCACGUGCCAGGUGAGCCCGAAAGUCGUUGACAUAAUCAUCAAUGUGCCUGUUGGACUGAAAGAGCAGCUUCAGUUCGCCUAGUGUAUUAAUGCUUCGAGGAGGCCCAAAACUCAAACAACACUCUUCCUUAAAUAAUGCCCAGGAAGCAAACGGUGACACCGCAAUUUCAGAAUGGUACCACAGUUGGGCCUCGCCAAUCAUGUGGUGUGCUGCCAGAGGAACACGUUCGUGGUCUGGUGUGUCAGCAUGGCGAAACGAAGACUCACAACGAAGUAGCCAAACCAUAAGGUCUUCCUCGCCUGAAAACAAAGGGAAUUCAACCUUGGGAUACCGGGAAAAACGAUAGGAGUGAUCCCCUAUGUCUGCCAUAGUAGAUAUCCCUUCGGUGGGAACAGUGGUAACGGAGUCCUCCUCCUGAACUGGUUGUUUACCGAGGCUGGUGAGUAGUUGUUGGACCAGUUUCUCCAAGUUGGCAAGAGAAGCUGCCUGUGUGAGAGAAGAUGCGGACAAGGAGGCGACAGUAGUGGACAAGUUCUCAAUUUUAUCAUGCUGUAAUUCCAAAGCUUUGACAGAUUUCUGCAAAGCUUUGAUGGCUGAUUUGAUGUUCAAAUCAGAACCCAUGACGCCGGCAACGGGAACCAGAUAAUAUGUUUCAGUACUUUGACUACGCGUCACAGGUCUGUGGUUGACAGAUGAAGAGGGUUUACCUAUGGUGGUUGAUAACAGUGAGAGAGGGAGAGAGAAGUUGGUGGAAGAAACUUCCUUUUGAUUUUAUUCAAUUCCAACUUGCUAAGACAAUCUAAUACUCUCCCUAUAUAUAGGAGUUAAAAGCUUUAAGACAUAAAGAAACAAUAUUCUAAAAUAUACUUACCUAAAGUAAAAUAGGCAACUACUAAUAAACUAGGAAAUAAGAUAUUUGUAUUGCAUCGCUCAGUAAGUUCCUGUAACAUUUGACUAUGUAGCAUGAUGAUGUGUUUACGCGAACUGGUUUUUAUGACAUUAUUGAAUCUGUGAUUUAUGUA